AUGAUGCAAAAAGAAAAGGAAUUAAUGGUACAAGUAACAAAAAGUUUGAUAAAAGAUCCUUUAUUUUAUGGUCUGUUUCAUGAUUAUACUACUAGUCCAAGCAAAUCUUCAAAAAAUCAAAAGAAAAAUGAAUUAGAAGUUAUAUUAUCUAAAGUAGAACAGAAUAAAUACAAAAAUACAAAUCAGUGGAUCGAAAAUCUCAAUAGUUUAGUUGGUAAAGUCAAUGAAAUUGUUGAACAAGAAGAUUUUCAAGAAAAAAUACGAUUAGAAAUGCAAAAAAUAUUAGAUAAACUAUUACAAAGGAAUGGGUUCAAGGAUUGGAAUGAUACUGUGAUAAAAUACAAAACAAAAAUGUCUAAAUUAAUGCAAAAUCCACCACUUAUAACUAGCCCAAUUCAAGUUCUAUCAACUAAACUUCAAAAUGUUAAGAACCCUAAAACAAUAACUGCAAUAUUACAAAUAGUUCGAAAAUAUCAACCUGAUUUGAUUAAAGGCACAGAUACUGAAAAAUUAGAACUAGUUAAACUAUACCCAGAAACAAUGAAAGAACUGAUACAGUAUUUAGAUAAGAAUAAUACUUAA